UCCUCUUUAUAAGUCUCUCUCUCUCUCUCUCUUUCUCUGUGCCUCUCUUUCUCUUUUGUAGUUAUCUCUCUGUUGUUGGGUUUCUCUUUCACAUUCUCUCUGUCUCAGCAAUUCAAGCUUCGAGCAGAUGGUGGAUCUCCAGACUGUCUGCUGCAUGUGUGGCGACGUGGGCUUCCCCGACAAGCUCUUCCGCUGCAACAAAUGUCGGAACCGCUUCCAACACUCGUAUUGUAGUAACUACUACAGCGAACAAGCGGAGCCGAUUGAACUGUGCGAUUGGUGCCAAAGCGAUGAGAGGAACACAAGGCAAGGCAGCUCUUCAAAGAAAUCCGCGGCUGUAAACGACGUCGGAGUCACGAACCGGUCGGAGUACUCCGGCGACAAAAUCAAGCAGCAUGAUCGCGAAGAGAGCGCCGAGAAGGGAAAGAGUCCGACGCCUUCCCCGCGGACGGCGACCCGCAGGUACAAGCUUCUCAAGGAUGUAAUGUGUUGAUCAUGAUCAUCAAUUCAAAAAAAAAAAAAAACAGUAAAAGCAAAGACUUUUGGGUCAAAAAUCCUUGUGUUCAUAGUAGCAAAUGUUAAUUAUAUAAGUCGUCGUUUCUGAGUGUUGUUUUUGAGAUUAUGAAGGAGUUUUGUUUGUGCUAUGGGUUUCAGUAAUUAAGUUGUUAAUAAAAUAAUAUAUGUAAUUAACUUUCUUAA